AUAUCAUAGAGAUAAGCAAUUAUAGGACAUAUUUUUUAACGGUCAAAUGGUCAAGGAUACCAAGUACUAUGAUAUUUUGGAGGUAACUCCACAGGCAGGAGAAAACGAUUUAAAAAAAGCAUAUCGGAAAUUGGCCUUAAAAUAUCAUCCAGACAAAAAUCCAGCAGCAGGAGAUAAAUUUAAAGAAAUAAGUCAUGCAUAUGAAGUUCUUUCAGAUCCUCAGAAACGGGAAAUUUAUGACCGACAUGGAGAAGAAGGACUUUUAGGAGAUGGAUCAGGUGGAAUGAGUGGUAUGAAUGCAGAGGAUAUAUUUUCACAAUUCUUUGGUGGUAGUAUGUUUGGGGGAGGGUCUAAUCGUGGACAUACGGGGCCUAGAAAAGGCAAAGAUCUUGUACAUUCAUUGAAAGUAUCACUUGAAGAUUUAUAUAAAGGAAAAACUUCUAAACUUGCAUUGCAAAAAAAUGUUAUGUGUUCAAAAUGUGAUGGGCGUGGUGGAAGAGAAGGAGCUGUUAAGCAAUGCGGUACAUGUAAUGGUACAGGGCAUAAAACAGUUACACGUCAAAUGGGACCUAUGAUUCAACGUUUUCAAACGAUUUGUCCGGAAUGUAAUGGUGAAGGAGAACAAAUUAGAGAUAAAGAUAGAUGCAAAGAGUGUAAGGGCAAAAAGACGACUAGUGAACGUAAAGUUCUUUCUGUUUAUAUUGAUAGAGGAAUGAAAGAAGGUCAAAAAAUUGUAUUUAGUGGAGAAGGGGAUCAAGGUCCGAAUAUUAUUCCUGGAGAUGUUAUUUUUGUGCUAGAACAAAAGGAGCACCAUUCAUUUAAAAGAAGAGAUGAUGAUCUUUAUACAGUCUUAAAGAUUGAUCUUAUAACAUCUCUUGCUGGCGGAAAAGUUUUUUUACAACAUUUGGAUGAUCGAUAUCUUGAAAUUAAUAUUCUUCCAGGAGAAUGUAUUAAACCAGGUGAAAUAAAAGUUGUUGAAGGUCAAGGUAUGCCUUCAUAUAGACAUCAUGAUCAUGGAAAUCUAUAUAUUCGAUUCGAGGUUGAAUUUCCUGCGCCUCACUUUGUUACCGAUCCAUCCGAUUUCAGCAUUUUAGAAAGAAUUCUCCCUCCUAGAGUCGAACAAAGAAUCCCUAGUAAUGCUAUAACUGAAGAAGUAAUUAUUAAUGAUGUUGAUCCCAUGCAAGAAGCUCGUGCAGAAGGUGCUGCCAAAGGUGGGCGAGGUACUAAUGGCAUGGCAGAAGAUUGUGAUGAUGAUAAUGCACCACCUGGUGUUAGCUGUGCUCACCAAUAAUUUAACAUUAAUUUUUUAAUAAUUUAUAUUAUUAAUCACACA